AUGGAAGGGGAGGAAAACAGCGGUCCUCCCUCCUCAGGAGUGUUUGCGGACUGGAGUUUGGCCUUUUGGACUCUGUGCUCAGUGAUCCUGCCGGUAGUGAUCACCUUGUGGUGCAGCUUCCAGCGAUCCCGGAGGCAGGUGCUGAGGCGAGACAUCUUCCGCCAGAGCAAGCACGACUGGCACUACACAGAUCUCUUUGGCCAGCCCACCUAUUGCUGUGUGUGUGCCCAACACAUUCUUCAGGGAGCUUUUUGCAGCUGCUGUGGGCUGUGUGUCCACGAAGGGUGUCUCAAGAAGGCCGACCAACAUUUCCUCUGCAAGGAGAUUAUGAUGAGGAGUGAUGGUGAACCCCACACCUCUAUGGCACAUCACUGGAUCCGAGGCAACGUCCCACUGUGCAGCUAUUGUGUCGUAUGCAAGCAGCAGUGUGGCACCCAGCCCAAGCUCUGUGACUACAGGUGCGUUUGGUGUCAGCACACUGUACAUGAUGAUUGCAUGCAGAGUUCUUUAAAGAGCGAGAAGUGUCGUUUUGGAGAAUUCAGAAACUUAAUUAUUCCACCAUAUUACUUAUCCACCAUUAAUCAGAUACGUAAGGAUAAAAGAACUGAUUAUGGAAAGUUGGCAUCCUCCUAUGGUAAACACUGGACCCCAAUAAUAAUCCUGGCUAAUACUCGUAGUGGAAACAACAUGGGUGAAACAUUGUUGGGCGAGCUUAAGAUUCUCUUAAACCCAGUUCAGGUUUUUGAUCUGAGCAAAAUUUCACCUGCCAAAGCACUCCAGCUUUGUACCUUGCUGCCUUAUAAUUCUGCUAGGGUACUUGUUUGUGGUGGGGAUGGCACAGUGGGCUGGGUCCUGGAUGCAAUUGAUGAAAUGAAGAUAAAGGGACAAGAACGGUAUAUUCCACAAGUUGCAAUCUUACCUCUCGGAACAGGUAAUGACCUGUCUAAUACGUUGGCUUGGGGUGCAGGUUAUGCUGGAGAAGUCCCAGUGGAACAAAUUUUACGAAAUGUAAUGGAGGCAGAUGGAAUCAAACUAGACAGAUGGAAGGUUCAGGUAACAAACAAAGGAUACUACAAUUUAAGAAAACAAAAGGUGUUCACAAUGAACAACUACUUUUCUAUAGGACCUGAUGCUCUCAUGGCUCUCAACUUUCAUGCGCAUCGUGAGAAGUCUCCCUCACUGUUUUCCAGCAGAAUUAUUAAUAAGGCUGUUUAUUUUUUCUAUGGAACCAAAGAUUGUUUAGUACAGGAAUGUAAAGAUCUUAACAAAAAAAUUGAGCUAGAGUUGGAUGGUGAGAGAAUCGAUCUGCCGAAUUUGGAAGGUAUCAUCGUCCUGAAUAUUGGAUACUGGGGAGGUGGCUGUAGAUUAUGGGAAGGAAUGGGUGAUGAGCCUUAUCCCCUGGCAAGGUAUGAUGAUGGAUUGCUGGAAGUUGCUGGAGUUUAUGGCUCUUUCCACUGUGCACAGAUUCAGGUGAAAUUAGCAAAUCCUGUUCGACUAGGACAGGCACACACUGUGAGGCUGAUUCUGAAGAAUUCAAAGAUGCCAAUGCAGGUGGAUGGAGAGCCAUGGGCACAGGGACCCUGCACUGUUACCAUAACUCAUAAGACACAUGCACUGAUGUUAUAUCAUUCGGGUGAACAAACGGAUGAUGAUGCUUCCAGCAUGUCUGAGCAGGAACACACAAGGGAACAGACGGAUGAAGAUAUAUAGGUUUUGAAGAAUUUUACAUAAUAUAUUAAUCAAUUCUCAUUAAAAAACUUAGUUAAAUAUAUAUUAAAUGUUCUAUCUCAAUAACUAUACCUUUAUGCAGUAAGGUGUAGACUUGUGAGUGGC